AGGGUCAAAUGCAUCUCAAGACUCAAAUCACAAUUUUUUUUAUCGUUUACUAAGAACUAUUAAGAUUCUGUAUCCAUAUAAAAUAUUUUUUCAAGUCUAGAGAAUAGGUUUUAAAAUUAAAAAUGAAGCCCAUUGUCGAUUACGAAGUUGCCGGAACUUGCGACCCUACACCACUUAAAUUAUUGACGUCAGAUCCUGAAUAUGAAAAAUACCACACCACUUGGUUAGAAAACAAAUGGUAUCCUUUUAUGGGUUUUAUUUCGGGCGCAGGAUGUUUUAUAUACGGCAACGCUAUGGCCAGAAGACCGUUUUAUGCAGGAAUUCAUAAGACGUUAGGCGUUGGUAUUUUGGCUGCUUACGGUGCCUACCUUUUCAAACAGUACAAAACGGACUAUUUGGCUGACAAGGAAGCAAUGUACAGACAUUACAUUCAAUUACACCCUGAACAGUUUCCAACACCCGAACGCAAGAAGGUUGGCGAGAUGUUCAAGGAAUGGGUUCCAGUACGUUAAAAUAGUCAUACUCAUUGUUUAAUUUCUAAAAAUUGAACUGGCCUUAAAAGCAGAUGUUGUUAAAAUUUAACAAGUAUAUUAUACAUAAAAAAAAAGUAAAUACGAGACUUGUAGAGUGAUUUUGUUUAGUUUUCAGCUGUAUAAAUUUGAAUAAAAAAUACUAAAAUAUAUUUCUAUAGAAACAUGACUUUGUUAUCAAA